AAAUGGGCCACUGACCUUGAGUUUUAGACCCCUGAGAGGCUCACGUCAACAAGGUUUUGUCAUUCUUCACUUUAGAGAAGAUCUACCUCUGUAGGCUGUUUUGAUUUUGAUUCUGCUUUUGCUUCACACAUAAUUAUUUGGGUUGGUUUUCUUUAACUCAUCUUGUUUUGUUUUUGUUGGGGGGUUUUAGAGUUCAAAAGGCUUAAGCCGCGUUGUUCAAGCCUAGGGCCUAGCCCAUAAUUUAACCCUAUAGACAUAAAAGAGAUAUUCUCAUUACGUGCAACUUUAACAGCGAAUAAACAAGGAAUACAAAUUUAAAUGAUAGACCUACUGGGCAUAGCCUUCCUUACUGCUUGGUGUGAAAGAUAAAAUAGUAGGCAACUUUCAUUCAUGCGAAAAGAGUGCUCGAGUGUGAAUCAUUAAUUGCUGCAUUGGGAUUUCAUUGUCAAAAGUAUGAAAAUUGAAUUGGCAGUGAGGGGUGAACGUACUUUAAUGAUUUAGCAUGAGUCGGGAAAAAAUUGAUGUCUGGUCGACAGGUGUGAUUAUUUCGUAACUGGAGGCUUUUCAUUCGUCCAGUCUCGUAUUUUCGAAAGCGUGGAUUUAUACGUCUAUGUCUCCCAUCCAUGCCAGACUACUGGCGCGCCAAAGCACUUGUAGUUGGCAGAUCACUUCAAAGGGAAAAAACGCUAUAAAACCAGGACUUUCCUACUUACGACGAAAGUUGUUCCUGCAAAAUUAUAAAACCGGGUCAUAGAAUCGGGUGUUUAUCAGAAGCAAGAAUAACUUAGGUCACUUUCAUAACCCCUUUAUAUAGCGCAGAGGGGACUUGGAUGAUACCGCUGCUGUGUCGCUGUGUAUUUUGUUCGCACGAAGAUGAAGUACGACGAUAUUCUUCAAGAAAUUGGUGACUUUGGUCCUUACCAAAAAAGAGUGUAUUAUAUAUUGUGCUUACCGUCGGCAGUGAAGGCUGUCAUCAUUAUGUCAACAGUGUUCCUGUUUUCACUCCCUGAUUACGAGUGCGUCUCGUCAGGCAUCCAUCUGCAGCUGUCGGAUUUGAAUCCAUCCCUUCAAAGUUUGGUCAACUCCACCUCUGACCUCAUGGAUACAACCUAUGCCUCUUCCUCAUCGGCUCACCCAGACCACUGCUGGGUGCCCACCCAGAUUGAAAUCCCCCUCAAUGUAACGAUAAGUGUCAACGUGAGUGCGGAGAGGCUUUUAGGCAGUCACGUGACAGCACUCGCCAGGACUGGCGUGCCAGAGGCUGUUAAAUGUCAAGAAUGGAGAUACGACCGUUCGGAAAUUGAGUCAUCCAUCAUGACUGAAUUUAACUUCGUCUGCGACAAGAGCAUGAUGCGGUCCCAUGCCAACAUGGGUUUGUUUCUCGCCUCGCUGGUCGGAGCGCUCGUGAUAGGAAUACUGGCAGACAUAAUCGGUCGUAAGAAAGCCCUUCUGUUCUGUGUUGCGCUGCAGCUGGGAAGUUGUCUGGGCACAUUCUUCGCGCAAACCGCUGUGGCUGUCGUGGUUCUGAGGUCUGUGCAGGGACUGAGUGGGGAGAUGUUCCCCAUUGCUGCAUCCACAGGUUCACCGUUAACGUACUCUACUACGGCCUCAGCCUAAACCUAGAGAACCUCUCUGGCUCCCUCUACCUCAACUUUCUGAUCAGUCUCUCCGUGGAAGUAGCGGGCUUUGCUUUCUGCUACGUACUUCUGGACCGGGCCGGGAGGAAAGCCCUCAUGAUUGGUUGCAUGUUUGUUGGUUCUCUGGCGUGUCUUUGUGUAACGUUCCCCGUCGUGUUUGGAAAUGCAGACCAGCAAUGGAUCGUGACGACCCUGUGUAUGGUGGGUAAGAUGUGUGUGGGCAGCUGCUACGCCAUUCUGUUCAUCAUGUCUGUAGAACUGUUCCCUACCGUUGUCCGGAACUCGGCGCUGGGCGCCUGCAUGGUCUUCGAAAAUGUCGCCGGGAUGGUCGCUCCGUAUAUCACUGACUUGGGUCUCACAACAACCCACACAGAGAUCUCUCAGGCAGUGCCAUUGCUGGUGUUCGGAGGACUCGGUGUAGUGACCGCCAUUGCGUCCCUUUAUCUACCCGAAACGCUGGGCAAACCUCUCCCAGAGACCUUUCAAGACGCCAUUGACUUAUCGUCUGGUGGAAAGAAUAAAAAAGAAAGACAGGGCGAGAAAUAGACGGCACAAUCAAAAUAAAUAAUUAUAAAUCUU